GUUUAGUGGAGAAGGUUUUUAGGGUUUGGGAAUUAGAGAGAGCAAUAAAGAAGAAAGAAACAAAGCUUCUGAAUUGGAGAACUCAACAAUGGCUGCCUCAGCAUCCAAUUCGUCUUCUUCAGAGGAAGAGAUAACAUUGACAGUGAAAUGGAGCGGAAAGGAAUACACCGUACGAGUCUGUGGUGAUGACUCUGUGGCUGAGCUCAAGCGUCGAAUCUGCGAGCUUACUAACGUCUUGCCCAAGCGCCAAAAGCUUCUUUAUCCCAAAGUAGGAUCCAAACUAGCCGAUGACUCGCUUUUGCUCUCUCAGCUUCCCCUCAAAUCAUCUCUCAAGAUGACCAUGAUCGGAACUGUUGAAGAUGAUAUAAUCGUGGAUCAAGUGGAUUCCCCUGAAAUUGUUGACGAUUUUGAACUUGGGAAAGAUGAAGUAAUUGAUAUUAAGGACAAGGAUGUCAAUAAGCAGAAACUGAGAAGGCGUAUUAGUAUAUACAAGAUUGAACUUCGCAAUCCAUGUCGUGAAGGAAAGAAAUUGCUUGUUCUGGACAUUGAUUAUACACUUUUUGAUCACCGCUCUCCUGCUGAAAAUCCUCUUCAACUCAUGCGGCCUUUUCUUCAUGAAUUUCUGACAGCUGCCUAUGCUGAAUAUGAUAUCAUGAUAUGGUCUGCAACCAGCAUUAGGUGGGUUGAAUUGAAGAUGGGCCAGCUUGGCGUUCUCAGUAAUCCAAACUACAAAAUCACUGCUCUUCUAGACCAUUUAGCUAUGAUCACAGUCCAGUCAGAUUAUCGUGGGACCUUUGAUUGCAAGCCACUAGGCUUGAUUUGGGCACAGUUUCCCGAGUUUUAUAGUUCGAGAAAUACAAUAAUGUUUGAUGAUCUUCGGAGAAAUUUUGUAAUGAAUCCACAAAAUGGGCUGGUGAUCAAGCCAUUCAGGAAAGCUCAUGCUAAUCGUGACAGUGACCAAGAGCUAAUGAAGCUCACUCAGUACUUGCUUGCCAUUGCAGAACUCGAUGACUUGAGUCAUCUUGAUCAUAACAACUGGGAGCUCUACUCUGAAGAUGGUCCCAAAAGACGGCGGCAUGCCUGAGUAACAUGUCUAUUUCGUUCUAUCAUCAACUAGUUGAGGAGGGUUGUUUAACCAAUGAUUUCAGUUCUCUAACGCUGCUUUUGGUGAAGUGGUGUUCUCUCUGGUGGCAUAAUUUUUAUUAGUUAAAAAUAUCACAAGGGAAAGGCACAACUCCAUCUCCUGCCCCAAUGAGUGUAGUUAAAAAUCAUGGCUGGUAAAAGAAGAAAACUAGGGAGGAAGAAGAUAGCGAAGAAACGGAGGAGGACCGUGAGAACGUGGAGGAGGGUUGGAGAUAGAAAUGGCUAUAUAAAUGGGCAUGCUUGUAUGUAACUUAUUUUGCCCCCCUUUUCUUUUAAAAAAAAAAUUCCAUUGUACCCGAAAGAAACUAGUAGUUUUUUUUUCUGCUCCAUUUUAGUAAAAUCUUGAAUGGAUAUCAGAUGGAAAUUAUGAUCUC